AUCGUCAGGAAGUCAGCAAUCAAGGCAACAACCAUGAAACGCCAUCCGACAUAUCCCACGUGUUUCAUCUUGAGCAUUCCAUGUCCAUGAAGCAACUUCAUGGUGCAUGUCAUCUGUUUUAGAGCCAAUCUUAAAAUUUUGAGGAAUACAUAUAUACAAUUUGGUAAAACAAUUGUAUAACUUUCUUUUUAUAAAUUUAGAGAUCUGUAUAUACAAUUUUUAAUUUUUUUUGGAAACUAUAUAUCACUACUUCAUUAGCCCAUGCUUAUGAUCGACCCUACCUAAGAAAUAAUUCGUUAAAAAUAAAAGACACUCCACUUUAUUGUAAGAGCUCAUGUGUAGGAGCUGAUGUUGUAUAUAUAAGCUAAAUGGAUGAGGAACUUACUCUUUUUUUUAGGGAUAUGCAGGAUACAAGUAGGCAUAGGAAAGUCAUUAACAACAAUUUUCAUUUUACUCUCACUACUUGUGCAACAAAAUCCAUCAUUGCAGGCAUUUUGAACACGAUCUGGUCUAGUCUAUAAGCAUAUUAUUAGUUACGCGGAUCCUUAGCAGCAGGCGACAGACUACAACUACAUGAAAAAAAUUCAAUAGAAAAUGCAAAAAGUGAUCUUCCUCCAUAAUUAGAUCAGCCUGGUUCCACAACUUAACCAAGCUCCUGGCUUAUUUAUAUGGUUCAAUUAGUUUCUCUGAGAGAGAUUAUUGGUAAGUGAAUUUGCUAGUUUUUGGAUUUCAAAAAUCUUAGUAGAAUUCAUUGUUAUAGGUUUAAAAUUUUUUAAAAUUCAUUCAAAUAUCUUGUUAUUCAAAAAGUUUAGUUAUUAUUGAUUCUCUAAUUCUAACUAAAACUAUUGUUAUUAGGAGAUGUUACAUACUCAACUUUCAAAUAUUGGACUUAUGUUAGGCCUGCGGUAAUAGUUAAUUUAUUCGUCAAAACUAAAAACGUUGGGCCUAUAUUGGGCUUGCUGUAAUUGUUGAUCUAUUUUUUAAUGGUCUAAAUUGAGUAAGUACCCCAUUGGAAAACAAAAGACAACAUUGUAAAAAAAUGCAUGUCAAAUGCAAGUCGUCAAAAUAAUUAUGUUCUAUAAUUAAUUUACACAUAUCGGUAUAUAUUACUUAUAUAAUUUGUUUUCAAAAAAGAAGAAGAAGAAGUAAUGAACACUUUAACAAUCUCUCAUAUAUGUGUAUAUUGUCUUUACAGUCGUCAUCACCUUUUUUUUAACACAUCAGUCGUAGUCAUCCAUAUCACAUAUAUAGAUAUGUAUAUAUAUUUCUUUUGUUGACUGAAAAAUAUCAUUAUAUUUAGAAAAAAAUCUCCACUUAUCCAGAAAAAAUAUUAUUUUAGAGAAUGAUGAUUAUAUUGUCCAAAAUACAGUCGUCAUCACUCUUUUUUUUUUUUUUUAACAUAUCAGUCGUCGUCAUCCACAUCACAUAUAUAGAUAUAUAUAUUUCUUUUGUUGACUGAAAAAAAAUGUCAAUAUAUUUAGAAAAAAAUCUGUACUCAUCCAGAAAGAAAUAUUCUUUUAGGGAAUGAUGACUAUAAUUUUAUUUUCUAACACAUAAACUUGUUUGAAAAUGCUAAUGUUAAAAAAUGGAAAUAUUUAAAAAGAUUUGAACAUAUCAGUUAUUCAAAAUGAUGAACAUUUCAACAAUACAUAUAUCUCUUUUUUGCCAUAUAUGUUUCCUUUUGUUGACAAAAAUAAUAUACCACCAUAUUUAGAAAAAAAUCCGUCUUUAUCCUAAUAAAAUAUAUUAUUUCAGAAAAUAAUGGAUAAAUCUUAUUUUAUUUUCUAACACAUGUAAUAUUUUAAAUUUUUAUGUUAAGAAUAUAUUAUAGAUACAACAACAAUCAAAAAUUAUAGACACAACAAACAACUGGUAAUAAUAGAAGCAUAAAUAUUAUAAUUUUAAUAUAUUCAUUUUGACAUAUAUAAAUAUUAAAAAUAAAAUUUGGAUUUAUAAUCGUAUAUGUAUAUUAUUUUAUAUUCAUUUUGACAUAUUAUAUAUAUAUAUAUAUAAUGUACAUAUUCAAACAUGACAAUUUAAAAUGUACAAGAAUUUAAACCAAAUAAAUAAAUUAUAAAUAAAAUAAUAAAUAUUAAAUUUAUUUUUAUUAUGAUUUAUAAUAAAUAAAUUUUGAGAAUAAAAUUUAAUUAUUAAAAUUUAAUAUAAAAAAUAAAUGUUAAACAUGUUCUCUUCUUUAAUUAAUAAAUCAAAUAUCUCAAUAUGUUUCUAAAAAUAAAUUGAUUGAUGGAGCCUUGUUGUAUUUUUAUUUUUAAGGUUAUGUAAUGUUGAAUAUUAUAAAAAUUCAUUAAAUCCUUAAUAACAACUGUUUCAAAUAUACAUUAGUCUAGUAUUGUAUUACCGUUAAAUAAAUAUAAUUAUAUUUAUAUGAAUAUAAGCAUAUUCUAUAAUAUUUGACUACGUAAAAAUAGUAAAACUGUAUUAGUUACCUAAAGUUAUUCAAAGUUAAUAUUAGAUUUUGUUGGUAGAUGAAAAUAAUGACACGUUUCAUUGUUUUAUAACGAAAACAUUAUAUAUAGCGAUCACUUUAGAAAUCUACGUUACAAUUAUAAAUCCAAAGCAAAACAUAAGAGAUUAUCGCCGUCGAGAUCAAAUGAGAGGUAAAGCUUAUUUACAUUACAUUUUAAAUAAUUUAAUGAAUUUUUUUUCUUAGAUUUUCAAAAUAAGAGAUUAUCGUGUCAAGAUCAAAUGAAAGGUAAAACUUAUUUACACUACAUUUUAAAAAAUUUAGUGAAAUUUCUUUUGUAGAGAUUUUGAAAAUAAGAACUUGUUACAAAGUUAAAUUUUAUAAAAAAAUCGUGACAAUAAUGAUUUUUUGAUACAAGUUAUUAGAAGUCACUGAACUCAUAUCUCUACAAAUCAAGAAGAUGUUCAAUCAGUAUUCAAAUUUAGGAGUCUAAUUUUAAACUCUUUGCUAAUAAAUAUAUUUUAUAAUUAAUUAUGAUUUGAUUAAUUACAUGUAUCUUUUUCAAAGAAUUGUUAUGAACGUUAUCAUCAUUUUGUUUUGAAAUAUAUAUUUCAGUAUAUUUCAAUUCAUUUUAACUAUGUUUUGGAUUUAACGUUUUUUAAAAAAUAACUACAAGAGUUGAAUUUUGUUUGUUACUUUGAAUGUUGUCUCUUGAGAUUCCUACUUCGAAAAAUUUUAUAUGAUUAUCGUAUAUUUGGCUUUGUUCAUUGUUUAAAAAAACAUAAAAAAUAUUGUCAUUACUUACAAAGCUACAUUAAAAUAGUUAAAAUAAUUAAUUUUGUGUUAUUUAUAUCAAACCAUAUUAAUUUAAUAUUAUCAUAUUUUCUAAAAAUUAGUUAUCGUUAGGCGUGAGCAUGACAUAUAUUUUAAUUACUGUAAAACUUUCAUAAAGACUAUAAAUUUAGUGUUGUAAUUCCAUUUUCAAGAUAAAUAUUUACUUUUUAUUUUUUUAUUUUCUUUUCUAAAGAAGAGAAUAAUUUAAUAGUAAAGAUAAAUUGUAUAAGAUUUUUUUGCAUUGCGUUUCUUAGUAUCAAUACAUAAAUAAAUGUAUUUCUUCAUGACCAAAUUUUAAUUUGCAUUCUGCAAAAUAAUAGUGAGAAGCGUGUUUCCGCACUUGAAAAAUGUAAAAAGUCUUUUUCAUAUGACUAAGAAAUAUUAGAUAAAAGUAUUUAGGAAACAAAUACUGGUAAAUAUUGAAUUCUGUAACAUAAUUUUUUAAUGAAACAAAUUCUAGAUUUGGUCCAUUGAUUAAUAGAUAAUUAGAUUUACAUGCAUUUAAGUAUCGAGAAAGUAAAAAAAAAUUUAUCUAUUAAUGCAUAAAUGCAUGUAUAUCUAAUUAUCAAAGAAUCAAAGGACUAAAUAUAAAAUCUGUUUCAGUAAAAUAUUAUGUUAAAAUUUUUAAGAUUUACCAGUAUUUUUUUCCUAAAUACAUUUUCCUAAUAUCUUUUAGUCCUGUGAAAAAAGAUUUUUACUCAAGUACGAAAACACGUCGAUGCAUGUAUAGGAUAGUAUAAUCUUAUUAAAAAAUAUUUAUAGCCUAGAAAAUUUAAUAAAAAGGAAUGUAUAUUUAUUUGAACAAAAAACUAGUGUAUAUGUAUUUAGUUAUCUACUUGAAUUUUAAUUAAAUUUACAAAUUAUGAUUGAAAACCAAAUCUUAGAAAUUGUCCCACAUGUUUGCAAUGAUUUGUUUCAAAAUAGCUAUAACUUUUUUGCAAAUAUAGUUUAUAUGAUCCUGAAAAAUAAAUAAUGAAAAAUAAUAAAAUAAGAAAAAUAAUAAAUAAUAAAUAACAAAAUAAUAAAAAUUUAAAAGUAAAAAACAAUAAAAAAAUAAAAAAUUAUUUUAUCUUUCGAGAAUAUAUUUUAGACUUAUAACCAGUAGAAAAAUAAAAAAUAUUAACUACAGUCAAGAAAAAUAUUAAUCUUAUCUUUAUUGACCUGUGGUUAAUAUUUUUAUUUUUUUACUAGUCAUAAAUCUAAAAUAUAUCCUCUACCUAAAAAGACAAAAAAAAAAAAAAAAUGAAGACAAAUUUUUCAUACCCCUCCGUCCCUAUAAAAUGGCACACACGUCCAUGAACUCAAACACACAACAACAAACACAAGAAAAAAAAACACCAUGACAAGGAGGAAGGUGAAACUUGCUUUCAUCCUCAAUAACGCCUCGAGAAAAGCCACAUACAAAAAGAGGAAGAAAGGCUUGCUCAAAAAAGUGCAUGAGCUAUCCACUCUAUGUGGGAUUGCCGCUGGGGCUAUCAUUUACAGUCCCUACGAUCCUACCCCUGAGGUGUGGCCUGAUGCUGAUGGCAUCCAGCAAGUGAUUGCUGCUUUCCGGAGUCUGCCGGAACUAGACCAGCACAAGAACAUGGUCAAUCAAGAGGAGUACGUCAAACAGAGGAUAGAGAAAGCCGGAAAACUUCUGAAGAAGCAGACGAGGGACAACCGGGAGGCUCACUUCACUGAAGUCAUGUAUCAAUGUCUCAUGGGGAACAUGGGAGUGGCGGGUGCUAGAGCCAUGGAUCUUAACGAUCUAGGCUUUCUUAUUGACCAGUAUCUUCAUUGUCUUGAUCGCAGGAUUGAGACUUUACUAGGCUCGUCAAACAUGGAGAUUGGUGAAUCCUCCAAUGCUGUUGCUGCGGCUAUGGAUCAGGAUCCUUCUGAGCCGGCUGGAACAUUGCCCCUCCUGGAAGGUGCAACCGCUCCAGCCGCUGCUGUCCAUGAGGUGGGUUCUUCCUCCUCCUCUGCUGCUGCUGCGGGUGCAUCUUUCAAUCAAAUGUACCCGUUUCCUCAGAAUCAGCAGAUGUUUUAUCAACCAUCUGCCCCAUUUGCUGGAUACUACGAGCAGUCUCAUAACCAUAACCAGUUUAUGGAGAUGAUGAACCAUCCUGAGCACAUGGCUUAUGCUGCUAACCAAAUGGGGUUCCCAUAUACGGACAAUGCCCAUCACUACCGUCAGCCUAACCAGCCUCAGCCGCAGCAGUUCUUCCCAGGUGAGUCCUCCGCUGCUCCGCAGCGUCAGUUCUUCCCAGGUGAAUCCUCCGCUGCUCCACCACCACCCGGCACCUCAGGCAGUGAGCCACCUGCUACAGCUCCAUUUCCUCCCAAUAAUAUUUGGUUUCGUUAAGGUUUGGAGAGACGACGUUCACGUUAUGAUAAGACGACAAAGCUAUGAUUACUCUCACGUGUUUUCUUUGUGUUGCCGUUUUAUUUGAUGUUAAACGUUAUUGAAUUUGUGUGUUUUUAGUUUUUAUUGCUCUACAUUUCUUGCUGUUGUUGUUUGUUUACACAGAUAUAUUUAUGUAUCAUCAUCAUUGAUCAAAAAACAAAAAAAAAUUAUGUAUCAUCUUUAUAAUUCAAUGAAAUUUAAAUUUUCUCUAGUUAAUCUCUUUUUAUAUUAGAGUUUCAAAAAAAAACUCUUUUUAUAUUAGACUUGAAGAACUGACUUGCAGUACAUAUAUUAUUAGUUCACAUGAAAAAAUAAUAAGUAAUAAAAAAUAGUUCAUACAUUAGACUUGAAGAAUUUACGUGAAGUACAUAUAUUGUCAAAAAAUAAAAAACAAAAAAGAAAAAUAGUAAAAAACAAAUAAGAAAAAUAGUAAGAACAGAAAAAAUAAAAGGAAAAUGUCAAAAUAAUUUUAUUUUUUUUAAAACAAAACAGAAAUACAAAAAUUUAGUUCACAUGAUCCAGAUGAUUGGAUUCAGGGUUAUGGGACAUUUAGUAACAACAACAUUUUUUGCUGUUGUUGUUGUUGUUGUUUUACACAGAUAUAUUUAUGUAUCAUCUUUUUAAUUCAAUAAAAUUUAAAAUUUCUCUAGUAAAUCUCUUUUAUAUUAUACUUGAAGAACUGACGUGGAGUACAUAUAUUAGUUCACAUGAAAAAUAAUAAGUAAUAAAAUAAUAGUUCAUAUAUUAGACUCGAAGAAUUUACUUGCAGUAUAUAUAUUGUCAAGAAGUCAAAUAAAAACAUAUAAGAAAAGAAUAGUAAAAAACAGAAAAAAGGAAAAUGUCAAAAUCAUUUGAUUUUUUAAAACAAAACAGAAAUACAAAAAAUUAGUUCACAUGAUCCUAGAUGAUUAGAUUCAGGGUUAUGGGACAUUGAGUAAAAAGCGGUUACCUAAUAUAUUACCAAGUUCUUGUUAGUAGAUCUAAGUUUUACAUAGCAUUUUAAUCACUGAAUAGUCUUAAUCUAUUUAGAUAGUUUCUUGAAAAAUUAUAUUUAUUAAAUAUUAAUAGAAUAGUUUAAUCUAUUUAGAUAAUUUUUGAGAAUGGAAUAUUUUCUAUUGAAUUUUAAUAAUUCAAAAUUAUAUACGUUUAUUUAAACUUGAGAGCAUGUUAUGUUAUCCUUUGACAAAUGUUUUGAAUUACUUUAACGUUGAUUUGAAUACAAAUAUGUGUUUCUUUGUAAAUAGUAAACUUUAUACAAACUUUAAUUAGUAGGUUAGUGGUAAGUAGUUGCUACUCUUUUGGGGCCGAAUCCAAAGAUAAAUUAACAUGCUUUAAUUUCUUAGAUUAUUAGAUUCAGCCCCAUAAUUAAUUUUAUGGGUUUGUUAAGAUAUUUUAUCGGAAAUUUAUUUUAUCUUUAUAAUUAGUUAAAUGGUACGUAGAAUCAAAUAGCCUUUAUCAAAGCCUUUUUUUUUAAAUAAAAUAUUGUUUUGAGGAUAAAAAAUAAUCAUAAUUUCAGAGAUUAAAACUGGCCCCAUAAUGUUGUUUUGAGAAUAAAAAAUAAAGAGCUGUUAUUUUUUCAAUAAACUAUUUGGCAACCUGUAAAACUUAUUAAACACCUGAAUAAAAUUAUUAUCCCGAGAAUUUAUUAAUUAAUAAGAUAUAAUUUAUUAAUUAUUAUUCCGAGAUGCAAUGUAUGAUAGAUUAUAGAUAUGAUUUCAUAAAUAGUCAUUUAAUCCUAAAGGCUAAGAAUAGGUAAGUGAUCUGAGUGAAUGUAGUAUGCGUCAUUCCAGCUAACGUGAUGAAUGCCUAUAAGUUUCAUACUUACUCGUAUACACACACGUCACCAGCAAUUUACCAACUUUAGUUACAAUAUGUAUCUUCAUAAAUUAUUUUUUUCACUGUUAUAAAAUUACAUUUUAAAGCUAUUAAGAUGGUAUUAUCCGAAUUAUACAAGUGAUUACAUCCUUAGUGAUGAAAAAGUCUUAGUAGCCUUUUAUGUUAUUUGAGAAAUAAUCUCAGUCUUUUGCAAAAAAAAGAAAUAAUCUCACAGUGAGGAUUCACCAAUAAAUUUUCGUUACUGAUUAGUGAUUACAUACGACGUGGCAUUACGUACAUAUCCAGGACCGGUGCAUAUAUUUCAAAAUUUGCUUAAGGCCUAAGCCAAUAUAGAAAAUAUAAAAAUAAUGAAAAUAUGUAGCGUAAGAUUUUUAAACACAGUCCAUGCACCCUAAGCAGCUUCUUAUGUUGCCUAUCCCCCCGGUCGGGCCUGCACAUAUCAUACAAUUAACAAAGGAUUUUCAUCUAAUUAAUAGCAACAUUUGCCAACUGGAAGUCAAAACACUAUUUCAUUUCAACCAUCCACAACUUUAUAAACUGACUCCUCGCAAGAAGAAACAUAGAAACAUGUUAACACAUAGAAUUUGAGAAAAAUUCAAAAAAUAUGACAAUAUUGUUUGAAACUUUUGUUGUCUUUGUCUCAUAAGAUAAUAACGAUUUGACUCUGGUUAUUCCAUUGAUUUAAGGAAUAUAUACAGUUUUAGUAAAUUAAUUGAUAAAAAAUAAGAACGAUGCUCAUGUACCAUGAAAGAGAAUUUAACAUAAAUUAACAUAAAUUUAGAAUGUGGUAAGAAAUUUUAAAACAACAUUAAAGAUUAUAGGCUUCACUGUAUAGAGAAUUUACCGAAAAUUUAAUAUUUUCGUAGGGGUUAACACAUAGAAUUUGAAAAAAAUUAAAAAAUAUGACAAUACUGUUUCAAUACAUAGUUGCAUCCUUCAAUAACAUAUGAUGAUGUUUAAAAAAGUUUGAAACCUUUGUUGUCUCCGUUUCUCAAAAAAGUUUGAAACCUUUGUUGUCUCCAUUUCUCUAGGGAAUAUCAAUUUUAUAGUAGUUAAGUCCACUAAUUUAAGAAGUAUAUGCAGUUUUACUAAAUUUUUGAUAAAAAAAUUAAAACGAUGUUCAUGUACCAUAAAUAGGAGUUUAGCAUACAUUAAUACAAAUGUAUAAUAUGGUUAUAAUUUUGAAACAAAUUUAAAGAUUAUAUGUUUCACUAUAUAAAGCAUAAAAACCUCAAUAUUUUCGUAGGGGUUAACACAUAGAUUUUGAGAAAAAUUCAAAAAAUAUGACAACACUGUUUUAAUGCAUAAUUACAUCUUACAAAAACAUAUAAUGAUGGUCAAAUAGGUUUGGAACCUUUGUUAUCUAUGUUUCUCAAGAUAAUAACGAUUUUACUAUGGUUAUUCCAUUGAUUUAAGGAGUAUAUGCACUUUUACUAAAUUAAUUGAUACAAAAUAAGAACGAUGUCCAUGUACCAUGAAAGAGAGUUUAGCAUAAUUUAAUAUAAAUGUAGAACGUGGUUAGAAAUUUUAAAACAACACUACAAAUUAUAGGAUUCAAUAU